UUCUUAAUCAUCAAUUUUAUCGAUAAGAAACAAAAAAAAAAAAACCAGAAGCACAAACUCAUCAGUCAUCAUAAACAAUAAAAAUAUAAUAAAUAAAAUAAAUAUAUAUAUAUAAUAAAAUUAACAUUUAAAAAGAAACAACGUAGAAGAUGACAUAAUCACUUAAAAUAAAUUCGAAUUACAAAAUUAUAUAUAUUACCACAACUUCCAUUAUAAUUAAUAAUUAAUAAUAACAUAUUGUUUAAUAAAUAAAUUAAACAAAAAUAUAUCCCCUCUUCUCCAUAAAGUGUUAUUUCCUUUUUUUUUUUUUUUAAUAUACUUAGCAAAAAGAAAAACAACAAACUUGACAGUUUUUUUUGUUAAUACUAUCGUGAUUGUUGUUGAAAAAAAUAAUAAAUAAUAAAUUAAAUAUUGGUGAUAUUUAUAAUACAUUCCAUUUUUUUUUGGUAUUAUAUAUUAAUUAAUUAUUUAAAUAAUUAUCCGAAUGGAUAACGAGUUAACCUACAAAGCAAUUCUUCAUAGUAUUAUUCCAAACAAAUUGUUUGACGAUAUGGCUUGUGAAUCUUGUUCAACUAAAUUCACAUUAUUUAAAAGAAAAAAACAAUGUAAAGACUGUUUAAGAUAUUAUUGUGCUGAUUGUGUUAUACGACGUGGUGAUAGAGUAUUGAGUUGUGACAAUUGUAGUAUGUUAUCAAGAAGACCACUUAUUAAAUCACAAGUAUUAAAAAUGAAAACAAAAGAUCUUAAACAAUAUCUUAUUGCAAAAAAAGUAUCACUAAGUGGCUGUGUAGAAAAAGAAGAUUUAGUUAAUAUUUUAAUGCAAUAUGCAAAUUAUGGUGAACCAGUUGUAAAUAAUGAACGUCAAGAACCAAAUAUAAAUACUCAACAAACUACAAAUAGACCAAAUAUAAAUGAAAAUAAUACAUCACCAAGAACACAAAGUCCAUUAAUUAUACCUCCAUCAACACCACCACCAACACCACCAACAGCACCACCAACAAAUCCAAUAGUCAUUGAAGAAGUUAUUGAAAGUUCAGAAAGGGAAAUACCAUCACCAGAACUACAUGAAACAUCAGAUGAGGGUUUCAUGAUUGUUGAAUUGCCUGAUGAAGAUCCAACAAUUACCACAACAACGACAACAACAGCAGAGUCAUCAUCAGAAAUAACAACAACAAAUAAUCAUAAUGAUCCAGAACCAGUGAUAACUGAACAAACUAACGAAUCAGAUACUGAAAUUUCAAAUAAUAAUUUACCUAAUGAUUCUAAUGAAGCCAGAUUAUCAACACCAAUUGUUACAGAAAUUCCAGUAAUAACUGGUAAUGUUAAAUUAACAAAUAUUGCUGAACGUUCACAUUUGGAUUAUUUAAAUAUUAAACAAUUGAAAGAUUUAUUGAGAACAAAUAGAGUUGAUUAUCGUGGCUGUGUUGAACGAUCUGAAUUAUUAGAUAGAGCUGGAAGACUAUGGGAUGAUCAUAAAUCAUCAAGAGAUGAAGCAACUUUUGUUGAGACACAGACAGAUGAUGGGCUUUGUAAAAUAUGCUGGGAUUCACCAAUUGAAUGUGUUAUUUUGGAAUGUGGACAUAUGGCUUGUUGUAUUGAGUGUGGCAAACAAAUGAAUGAAUGUCCAAUUUGUCGUCAAUAUGUCGUUAGAGUUGUUAGAUUUUUUAAAGCGUAGAUUUAUUUAGUCAAAUUAAAAAUUGCAAUAUCACGAAAUAUUUUUUUAUUAAAAUUAUUAUUUCGUUUUUUUUCAAAGCUAUAUUGUUCAAUGAAUUAAUUUUUCUUUUCUGUUAAUUAUUCAUUGAGGGUUUAAUAAAUUUAAAAUAUAAAAUAUAUAAAUCGAAAAAUAAAAUUUUAAAGUUCAGAUUGAUAAUAAAUAUAGAUAUUUUUCUUUAAAAUUUUUUUUUUAAAUUUUGAAAAGUAUUAAAUCGAAAUGUAGAUAUUUCAAAUGAAAAUAUAAAAUUUAAAAAAAGACAAAUUUAAAGAAUACAUUCGAAAUAUAUGUGUAUAUAUUUUUAUUGAUUAAAAAAAAUGUAAAAUUAUAUCGAAUUUAUUUAUAGUAAAUAAAAAAAUAAGAAAGAAAAUUCGAAAAAAAUAAAUAAAAUAAGUGAUUUAAUUUAAAAGGUCAAACAAAUAGUUAUAGAAAUAAAAAAUCAUAAUUUUAUCUAUUUUUAAUUAUUUAUUAUUUAUUCAUUUUUAAUUAAAUAAUAACAACAAAAAA